AGGUAGGAAAAGUUCAGUCCGGUACUGCGAUUCGAACGACUUUGUGUUUUCUCUAGUUGGAUGUAAAAUUAAUUUCCGCUUUCCGAGCUACUAAGUUUCGAAGAAAAGUCGAUUUGCGAACUGCGAAUAAAAUGUUAUAAGCGAUCCAACAGUUGAUUAUUUUAAGUAACAAAAGAAAAACAAUGUAGAAUACGUACAACGAAAUGGUGAUUGAUUUUGUGUGGUGAUCGAAAAAACCAGCGAAACCGAAAACGACUUCGAUUACGGGCCCGGAAAGCGACACUUACUUCCGGUAGUGCAAAUAAUUAUUUCGACCAGCCAUCAUUCAUCGAAGUUGACAUUCGGGAUGCACUUCUGUUGAACUUUUUUUUACGUUUUCUUCCUUUCCGACUUUACGCGACGCAGUAGUUUUUACUGACGAAAUCGACUCUAGCCAGCGGUAAAAAUAACGCGGUGACACAGUGAUGUACUGAGAGUGCCGAGAGACCUUUCUGGAUUACGUUCGCGGGUGUUGGUGGUUGUGUGACCCGAUCGAGAGCGCGGCGUCCGUCCGUCGGAAGUCGGACACAAACUGGCGCAGACAUUUGUGCUUUCUGGUAAUUCAUCAUGCAAGUUGCUCUAGUCGCACCUGGAAAGACAAUCAUACGGAUUAUUCUGAAGCAGAUAACUCAUGUAACCCCGUACUGUAGUUAGCUUAGAACCUUAGCUAGAAUCUGACGCAAAACUUACGGUUAAUCGAGUGAUUUGGACGAAUACUGAAAGCAAAAAGUUCUAAGAUCGUUUCAAAAUUGUUCAGUGUAUAUCGUCAUCAUCAAUAUAAAAGCUAAAAACAACAACGAACGUCAAGUGUUAGUGUUAUUAGUGUUUUGUCUUCCGCAGUUUUGGCCUAAAAGAUAUGUAACCUCAACGUGAACUGCAGAGUAUAAUCAAAAAAGAGAAUUUAUAGAUUUCCACCAGGUGCAAUUAUUUUCCUGUAGUGUUUAGCUGUAGUCUACCCGGAUACAUAUUCGAGGGGGCGUACACAUCAUUAUUCUAAUCCAGAUUUGUGCGGAGCUUAUAAGUGUGAUAUGGAGAUCGUGUCAAUUAGCUGCCUUCGGUUUUUGUUAAUUUUAGUUUUUGUUUUUCUCUGUUCCGAGCACGUUAUUGUCAACGGCCCGAAAAAUGCUCGCUAUGCGUCGUGAAAGUGACCAGAUUUACAACGGUAGUGCCAGUGCGAUCAACCACACGAGUAGUGUUUACAAUCAACAUCUGAUUCCGUCCCACACCGUCAGUGACAGUGGCGUCGGAUCAACGCAUACCACCAACAGUGCCCUCUCGGCAUCCCACUUGAGCAACAACAGUGACAACAAUAGUGCCGCGUCUAGUGUAAGUGAAAAUCACGGCAGUGCAAUUAGUGAAUCUGGUGCUGCGAGUGCGAUCGAAACAAGCAGCAGUUGUACUGUGAAUCAAUCACAACAGUUGACGGCACCUUACCAUCAUCAUCAUCAUCCUCAUCACCAUCUGCAUUAUCAGCACAAUCAAUCGCAGAUCCAGGCAGCUCAGCAUAAUCAUCACCACGUUGGACACAGUUUCAAUGGUCUUAGCGGUGGAACUGCCACCAGCUACGGGAGUCUGAACAAUUACGGAUCGGGUAUAAUCAACCGCACCAAUCCAGGUGCAAGCCUUGACGAGUACGUCGACAUUCUGCAGGUUCAACAGUUACUGCUGGAAAAUUCAUCUAACCAAUCCAGUGCAGGUGCGGCGAACGCGAUUCCUAACAACAGUAAUCCUAUAUCCCCAAGUACUUCUUCCACCCUCAAUACUUCCACAAGUACUACCUCUACUUCGAUAAAUUCCUUCUCCCCGAUACCGGCUCCCGCGGCACUGAACGGCUCUGGCACGAAAAGCCGGCCCAAAGUUAACCUGCAAAAAGCGUCUGAGUAUUCAGCAGCAGCAGCAGCAGCCGCCGCCGCAGCGGCAGCGAAUCAACUCCAAGGCGAUUCACCAUCCAAACGAUUGCUGUUUGAUUACCCGAGUCCAUAUCUGUAUGGUAAUUAUCAUCCGUCGCCGAGUGACGAUCUGGUCGCUUUAUGGUUUGGAAGUAACGGAACAGGUGGCGUUGCCCCUGGACCACCAGCAGCUGCCAUGAUCAUGGAAGGGCUAGAAACCUUGGUUGCGCCACCGCAUCACACAUUCCUACUGACAGAAUCAGCGGCUGCGGCACACUUUAACGUGCUCAGCUUCGAUACCUGCAGUCUGUUCAAGACUGCUGCCACCACGACUUCGUUGGGCUUGAACAACAACAACUCGGCAACGCCCAACAACAAUCAUCAUCAUCUGUAUCAUCCGUAUCAUCAUCAGACGCACACGGCCGCUACCCAUCACAGCCAGACGGCGUCCCACCAUUGUCAGCAGCAGCAACAACAGCAUCAUCACACCGCCCAAACGUCCUCCUCAUCCACCACCAGCAGCACCUCAACCCCGUCCUCUUCCAUCACCACCCAAACGACGUCCACGUCGACCCCCUGCAGCACCAGCAAUUCCCAUCAUCCCCACCUGAGUCUGCUUAGCACUACUGCGGCCAGUGGCCAGCAUUCCUCAGACUCCAACCUGCAUCAGUCCUCCGAGGAUCACUCGCAGUCGCAGGGUGACACUCAAACCGGCGAUCUCAACACCCCUGUCACGACCUCCGGGGACAUCCCGUCCUUCUUCGGGCCGUCCACCGUCGUCGAGCCACCACCGAUCACAGGGUCAAUCGAGUCGGACGAUCUCUCGCUGGAACCCCAAACUGUGUCCAGCCCGUGCGCGAGUCUGUGCAGCCCAACCAAGCAGGAGCGCAGUACGCCACAAUCGGUGGUCAUCGAGGAGGAGGCUAGCAACACCAGCAGCAACGCCAUGUAUCCAUCGUCAUCAUCACAUCACCAGCAAGCAACACAAUCAUCAUCGCAUCACAGCAACAGCGGCAGCCAGGAGAUGCAUCAUGAGCAAAGGACUGAACCGGAAGAAAGUAAAAUUUCCUACCGAGGCAUUUUCACCACGACAACCGGAAUCGGUAUGGGGCUACAGACGACCACUGGUUCCCAGCUGUCGAUUAUGUCCGGACAGAUGUCUCCUACGUCCGGUCUUAGCGGUUGGGGUUUGCCCAGUCCAGACAAGAGUCUAUUUCAACCGCCCAUGUUUGGCUUGCUCGGUCCUGGACCCCAAAGUUCCACUCAAGCUCACUUUGCUGCUGCUCAACAGUCAUCCUCGAAUCCCGCACAAACUCCAUCUCCGGCGGGUCACCACCAGCACUCAUCACAUCACUAUGGGUCCGACGAACGAACCCAUCAGUCUGUUGAGCUUCUGGGCUUGAACAUGGACUGUCCCAGUAUCAUACUGAAACAGCCCCCAAGCUAUGCAAGUUGUGUUUCUUCCCUAGACAUGCAGGCUCAACAACAACAGCAAGCCCAGGAAAUGCAUCAAUACUCACGCAGCCAGAACCUCGGUAUGGGUCAAACUCCUAAAUACCAGUGGCUCGAUUCACCCGUCGAAUAUGGCAGUCCCCAGCAGAACGUAGUGAUUCCCGGUCCAUCGUCUUCAUCCUCGGUCGGCAUUAUUCCCAAGCAGGAACCGUACAGCUCCUCCCAGUGUCCGGAUGUCAGCCAACUGAGUCAGCUAACUCCCCAACAGCAAGCUCAAUACGCAGUUCAACUAGCGGAAUACAAUCCAUCCACCAGCAAAGGGCACGAAAUCCUGAACCAAGUGUACCAGCAGAGCCCAAUGCCACUGAAGCUAGUCCCCGUGAAGCCACGAAAAUAUCCAAACCGGCCGAGCAAAACACCCGUACACGAGCGACCCUAUGCUUGUCCCGUCGAGAACUGCGACCGGCGAUUCUCUCGAUCCGAUGAACUGACCAGACAUAUCCGCAUCCAUACGGGCCAGAAGCCGUUCCAGUGCCGAAUCUGUAUGCGUUCCUUCAGCCGUUCCGAUCACCUGACGACGCACAUCCGAACGCACACUGGCGAAAAACCGUUCUCCUGUGACAUCUGCGGCCGGAAGUUCGCUCGCUCCGACGAGAAGAAACGCCAUGCCAAAGUUCACCUGAAACAGCGAAUAAAGAAAGAGAAGAACACAAAUGGCAGCGGCAGCAGUAGCAGCGCCAACAACAGCGCCACCAGCAGCCAUCAUCAACAUCAGCAACAGCAGCAGCAGCAACAACAGCAACAACAACAGCAAGCACAACACCAUCAUCACGUAUCGUCUGCGCAGCAACAGCAUCACCAUCAUCAUCAUCCGGCCAGUAUACACUCGCAUCAUCUCCUGCAUGACGACAUCAGCGGUAUUCCGAUUGUGUCCUCAUCCAGUGCUACCAGCUUGUAGACCGAACUUCCGUCGAUCGACGUUAUGCGUUUGAAUGACCCCCAGAUUGAGCUAGUGCAUGACGAUCCGUUUAUGGGUUACAUCGAAACAGCUGGAGCCGGCCCAUCCGGAACAGCUCGCAGGACCUGCACCCAAGUAACCCGACCGGCCUCUGCCGUCUUACUGGAAAUUGCCGCCGAAGAAGAUACCGACACCGCAGCUGAGCAGCCUUCGACCGCCGGCGAUGACGAGGAAGACGUAGACGUUGGCGACAACAGCCGACCCGUUCCUGACCCGCGACCACAGAAUCCUCCCCUAGCGGACACCGAUCGCCGUAGUGUUGUUAGUGUUAGUGACAAUAGGGAGGGCCGCAGCGAUGCUAACGACGGCGAAGCCGAAGCCGCUGAACAAUCGAUCGUGAUCGUCCUGUUGGUCGAGUAAACAUCGAUGACACACGAAUCACACAACGCCUCAAUUGCAAAAUCAAUCACAACAAACCAACACAGCAAAUAGCAAUCAUUCAACGCGCAAACAUCGCUCGACAUGAAUCAACAAAAAUAUGUAUGAGGCACUGUCUGGUGAACGGUGCAGUGCUUCGAGGUGGAGGCUGCUUCCUCUUACAUGAGAAGGAGGCAUCACCCAACUCUAUCACUGCGAUAAACACACACUCAGAAUAAAUCGUGAAAAAAACAGGUUGCACACACACAUUAGCGAACAAUUCUGCAAAUAUUGACCGACUAAAAAAACGUUCUCUAUUUCUUCACGUUGACUCUGCACAACAACAACAACAAUCACACCUGCACAUGCACGCCAAUAACAAACGACUAACACAUGAAUGUUUCCAUUCGUUUUGUGCACUAGUAAAUACACACACACGCACACAAACACUCACUCACACACACGCGAACGUAUACGAACAUGUUUAGACGUUGACAAUUUUGCAUUUUCUAUUGUGCGAACAACCUUUUAAAUGUGCCCACAAAGAAAGCGUACCAUAUUCGUAGUUUCUUAGAAUCCAUUCAAAUCGAUGUGUGUGUAUGUGCGAGCCUUACUUUCGAUUCGUCGUAAUUUAUGCCUAAAUCUCUGUGCACCAGUCAAAAUCGAGCAAAACAAAUGAAAAAGAAACAGAGAGUAAAAUGGCGAAAGGCAAAAUUCGUUCUUUACUGCAAGUUUAUCUCUAAACACUGUGAUCUCAAGUUAUAAGUAAAUGAGGAUGGAGAAUAGAUUUUUUAUUAUAAACAUAAAGGAAAAACUUAGCCGUACUGUAAGUGACAAAAAAAACUAAAUUUUAUGGUGUAAAUUCAAAACAACAACACAGAGGAAUGAAGUCUUCUUACUACAUAGUUAUGCGCCGAGAAGGAAACAGGUUUUUUGAAAACACUGUGCAGAAAAGGCGUAAAACCGACAGCUGCUGCGACCGUACUAUUUUCGCGUAAGCAUAAUUAAAUUAUAUGAGAAUGUAUGUGAUUCGUUUCCUAAUGCACAAUGCGCCACAAUUCUUAAACUGUGGUAGAUUUAAAGUGUGCAUUAAUUAUUAAUGAAAAAAAUAAACUAAUUGAACAAAAUAAGCAAAGUCGAAUAAAAUCUUCUUACAGAGUAAAUGGAUCUAAUUGAGAGCGAACUAAAAAUAUCUAACUGAAUGAAAAAAAAAACAAACUUAGGGUAGUAAAUGAUUUUCCUAUAGAACAAAAAAUGCGAUUAAUUCGAAACACGCUGCUGACACAAAGUGCAAGACAAACGACAAUCUCAGAUCGUUGUUUACCGCCAGUCUCCUACAGAAACCAACUCUGCGCUUGUUUGUAUUAUUUUUUUUAUAACUUUUUUUUCUUACUCCACUGUACAGUCCCGAGCGGAACAAAUUUCUUCUGAAUGAAUGUGCUGCCAUAUUAAGAUAAUUAUUAGUUGCAUACUGAUAGCAAACAAAAAAAUAACGUACACAAAACGCAUUUCGAGUAAUAUUUGUUUCCUUUUUGUACAUUGCAAAUUCCUCGUAAAAUGUCCCCCUCUUAGUUCUGCCAGUGCCAUUAGCGAAUUCCCCCAGUGCAUUAACCUCUAACUUAACCCUUAUUAUCAUUACUUUGAGUUUAGCUUGCCAUCAUCAACAUUGAGAUUCCACCGAUUUACAAGCGAUAGUAUGUUUAAGUUUCAGUGCUAGUCUGAGUGCUUAUAGGCUAAGAUGAAAUCCCAGCAAAAACAGCAAACAAAAAAAAAACAACGUUAAAAGUAAACAAGUAGUAAAAGAAGUAGAGACUUGUGUAAACAGUUGAGAAAAAAAAAACCGAAACGCUACAAUAAACAAAAAUGGAAACUUAUUUUAAAGUACUAUUAACUAAUCACACAAAAUCACACUGUAUAUUCAGCGAGAAUAUGAACAAAAAAAAUGUUUAAAAGUUGCUAGAAACGAAUUCUUGUUUUAUUUUCUUCUUCGAAUUAACGCAGUAUAAGGAACGAAAAGGCUUUAAUUAAUUAACAAUAGUCAUUAAGAUAAUGUUGAGAGAAAUUCUGACAAGAAAAAAAAAAGUUUAUUAAAAACAACUGUUUUGCCAAAUAACACAAAUUUUGUUAUUUUUGUGAGAUCUUUUUGUUCCAUGUUUUGUUUUCUCGCCCUGAUUUCUUCCAUUCUUUUAUGUUUUCCAAGCCAUAUUUAUUUUUCUAACUUUUACUAUAGUGAAUAAUUCGUAUGUUUAAGCAAAGUUUUUUUUUUCUAAUAAAAAAUAAAGCGAACAUUCCAUAAACAAUUAUCGAUUUUGUUUCUUCUUUUCUACUAUCCGCUUGUCUUCUGUUCUAGUGGUUAUCUUCGUUUCGUUUCGUUUCGUUCUUCUUCUUCCGCACUCGCAUCGUCGUUUUGUUGUCGCAUUAUUUUAGCUCAUUUGUUUGUCCCCCUCCACCAUCACACCGUAGCCGAAGCUCACUGAACGGUCGUGGUGACAGAGGGUGACACAAAGACAAAACACAAAUCAAUCCAAGGUGCAAAAUGAAAGUCUUCUAUUUAAAACAAAAAAAAAAAAAAACAAAAACAAAAUAAUACAUAGAA